GUACAAGAAACAUUCAACAGCAUGCCCAAAUCCUAGGAGAAAUUGAGCAAAGAGUUCGUUUCUUUCAUGAUAUUAUAAGUUUUGAAGUUGCAAACCUUCUAUUAUUCAUAUCUUUGCAUGGCUGGUCUCUCUAUCAAAGAGAAGGAAAAGCAAAUCGUCACCAGGAAGCUUUCAACAUCUUAUGUCUGCCUAAAACAAUAGUGCCAGAAACUAAUUCAAAAGUCGGUGAAGGCUUUAUAAUUUUACGAUUUUAGGUAAAAACUCUAAUUCUUCAACAUGAAUUUCUCUAAUGAUCGAAAAAUAAGGGUUAUCCAAUCUUGUAUAUAUUCUAAAAAAUUUAGCACUAAUUUAUUAAAUAGUAUCGUCUGUGAAAGUUGCGUCAAAUUUUUAUGCCUAGUUUGAAACUUUAUGAAAACCUCCAUUUUCCAUAGGCAUCUUACUAUAAGAGCUAAUGUACUGGAAGGUGAUUAUAUUAAAAUGCUCACAAGUGGUUUAAAAUGUUUAAUUAAAAUGCUGAAUAGGGAUAUUAAACCCCAUAUUCAUAAGAUGUUUCUUGAUGAGCAUUCACCAGAUUAUUCUUUUCUCAAAAUUAUGAUGCAUCUUCCAUUUCAUAGUUAUAAAUACGAAAAGCUAUGUUUCAAUCUAAGCUAG